ACGUUAGCAGCGUAAACUUCACACUUCCGCGUCCGUUGCCAGUGGCAACAAAACGGACUCAGCCGCACCAUUCAUCAAGGAUGGAUUCCCUCACAGAGAGUGAAAUGAGAACGAUAGCAAGACUCCAGAGAGAGGCUGGCGUGCAGAGGCUCAGCUGUCACUUCCCAUGGUCAGAGUUCUGUGAUGAACGGCAGUGUUUCCAUCAGGAGUUUGUGUAUGAUGCUGCUAUGUUUGCUGUGGCCCGUGGUUUCCCCUGGUCUAAUGUGAUCGGGGCGGCUGUAGUGGCCAGAAACAUCUUUCCACAUUUGGAAGGUUUAGAGACACCCAAACUGUUGUCCUUGGUGAAGGAUGCACUGUCAGAGUGUAUACCAAAACUUACUCUUGUGCAUCAGUAUGAGUUCACUCGAUACAUCACAGACAUCUGCACCUCACGACGUCAGCUCUUCCAGGCUGUGGUGGAUGGAGCCACGGAUCUGUCAAUUACUCAGCAACACUUAGAGGUGCAUCUGCCACCCACACCGUGUCCACUCACACAGGGCACAGAGCUGCAUGAAUGGGAACAUCAACAGCAACUAGCUAAACUCAUCUUGGCUUUGCAACAGAAGGAGGAGGAGCUAGAGAGACUUAGAAAUGGCACAAGGGUCACUGUGGAGUGCACUGAUAUUCCUGGGGAUGAACAAUUAGAUAAGGAGGCCCUUGUUAAGGCAGUUCGUGCAGCAGUGAAGGCCACUGAAGGCCAAAUCCUGGAGAGUCUGGACCAGGAGGCAACCCUGCUCAAUGAGAUUCUGGAACUGAAACUGCAGCAUACAGUGCUGGCCACCAGGAGGCUCCACAAUCCACUCUCUUCCAGUUCAGGUCAUGUCAGCACAAAUUCAGCAAAGACAAAGGUACACACAGGAAAAACUAAAAAGUAGUUUAAAGAUGUGACUCUUCAGUAAUAGUAUAAAAUUUAUGUGGCUAAGACCUAUCAAUAAAGG